CAAAUCUGUUUGAGUAUAGGCUAAAGAAAACGACACAAUACAUUCCACAUACUAUAAAUGGUCUUCUCCGGUCAAAACAACUGUCCGGACGGCAAAAUGUCCUCACCGAGCACGACGGCGGCGAAUCGGGUCGUAAAUUCCUCUCACUCUGCCGCCGGCGCCGCCGCAACUUACACCACCAUUCCCAUACCAGCAUCAGGCGUCGUCCAACGCUCGAUACAAAACUUCUACGCCUACUUCAACCGUUGCCGUCCUUGGCCGGAAUUCCUCUCAACUGCCAACACGUUCGACCUCCCGGCUUCCACCUCCGACGUCUGGAUCCGCCUCCGACGAAAUUCCAAUUACUUCGCUGUCAACUACUCCAUUCUCAUCUCCUGCUGCGCCGCCGCGUCGCUUUUAGGCACGCCGAUCCUGCUGGCCGUCGUGGUCUUGCUUUUCGCGCUCUGGCUGAUCCUAUACUUCUUCCGUGAAGAUCCGAUCGUUGUUUUCGGCAGGCACAUUGGCGAUCAGCUCGUGAUUGCAGUCCUGGUUAUCGGUUCGGCUCUGAUUCUUUGGAUCACGGGAGUCUUGAACAAUCUGCUGAUUGGCGUUGGAGUUGGGAUAUCGCUCUCCGCUAUUCACGGGAUUUUUAGGAACCCGGAAGGGCUCUUCCUCGAUGAAGACGACGCCGUUUUAAACGGCUUGGUAUCGAAUUCGCAUGAUGGCGGAAUCUCUUGAAAGUCCUAACAGUUCGUCCUCUUUGACUUUGAAUUGAGAUGAGCCGGUGUCCAAAAAUCACACAUUCUGUGUGAAUUAAGGAAAUCUGCUUCUGAAGAAGGUUCUGUUUGCUAGUUUGCUUAUCAUCUAUUGGGUGUGGUUUUUUCUGUGUGAAUUUCCACUAGUAGGGACUAGGGAGAGCUUGAGAUGUAAGUUAUUUCGUCGGAAAUGAAGCGUUCGUGGUUAUUGCUUGCUGAAAGUUGUCGAGUUACAAAAUGCACCUGUAUUGGAAUGUGUUUUAAGAUUCAAGCUUUUUCCCAGAAUUGGGUGAUAGGUUUAAUACAAACUGUACUCAAUAUUGUGACUUGUUCCAUGUUUCAAGUAGUGCUCUUGCUAAUGUUUGAGCAUGGUUGUGGCCAAGCAUCACCGUCCUGAUAUUUAUGCAGCUUCUGCAUAGUUCCUCGCUGCUAUCGAAGUGUCCUCCUCUCAGCAACAACUCUGCUCUGGUCUCGAGCAGUGUGGCUUUCAACAAUGUCACCUCCUGCCACAUGUAUUCAUCCACCCUUUGGUUGGAUUGCGGCUUCUUUUUCCAGCAAAGAGAGCCAUGAUACCAAUCCUGUAUUUGGGAUGCAAAUGAUCUCUCCACUUCUUCAAGGACAUCUGUGCAGCCUUUCAAAAGCUCCAAGGCUAUGCGGCAUCUUGAGAAAGUUGUGAAAGCAUUGAUAGCCAAAGGUAGAAAUGUAUUCCUAAUGAAGAGAACCAUAUCGAUUGCCUUGAGCUGGGCUAUUGGGGGCUCAGAUUUGAACCCAAAUACAUGGAAAACGCAGGCCCACAGGUGGUCUGAAUCAAUUUGCAGGUUCCCACUACUUCUUACUCCUUGGAGAGUGGCUUUGACUGCAGCUAACCCGUCUUUUCUUUUUGCAAAUAUUUGUGUAAUGGGAUGGAGCUGAAUCCAGCAUCCAGGCUUCCUAUUAGCUCUCCUUGCGAGACCAAACCUAACUAACAUUUGUCCAAUUCGUGAACCUUUUUCUGGGGGUGGGCAUUUUAUUUGCUGCAGCAGCUAGUAAGUUGACUGAGAUGGGAGCUGGGGCAAGCCAGGACCCAACCUGAAGCAUUCUUGUAGCAAGGAAAUUCUCUCUAGCAGUCAUUUGUUGCAAGAUGGUUGCACAAAAAGCCAGUGUUUUCAUCAAAAAAGGAUUGGUUCUGCAGAACUUUUUAUCAUCAAUGCUCAAACUAGAGUAGCUAGUUAUGUCUUCAAGUGGCAUUUGGUUCACAGCUUCAAAUAGAGUAGAUGGAGAAAUUGCAAGCUCGGUCAGCAGGGAACCAACUAUCCACAAUCCAAAACUUGAGCUCUCCAGUUUUUCAACAAAUCUCUGAAGAAUUUCUACCUCUCUAACCAGAAUGAUGAUUUGCAAGACUAGCAACUUCAGUGGCAUCCAUAUCAAAGAACAAGGGAAUCAAGCUCUUCUUCUGCGCAAAGAACCUUACUUCUUCCAGGCUCAUAUGGUUAAAGAGGCUAUAAUUGGUGAUGAUCACAACACCAAAGGUUACUGAACAAAUAACUCUAUCAACAAUUUCAUGACUUUGGUUAUCUGCAUACGCUGCUCUGUCUGCAACAAAACAAGCAAUUCCUUGAAGCUCAAGCUCUGACUUAACCCACUUACAAAACCUUACUAAAUUUGGGUUCCAUCCAUGGUAUCCUAUGUACACAUCAAAGCUCCUUAAUUUGGCAUUGGAAGCCGGUGAGAUGGUGGCUUUUGCAAAUGAAAUCCGAGGGACAGGAAAUGAAAAUAAAAUUCGAGGAUCUGUAUCCUGUCCCAAGACAGGAACACGGGUAAUAACCUUGUGCUUUUUGCCUGCAGGUUUACCUGAAAAAUCAUAUCUUUCUAGAGGUGGAGUGUAGGAGGUGCUAGGCACAUUGUCCGACUGCGAACCACCAUAUGAUGGUUGUGGGGAGGGAUGGAAGAGUGUGGCUAGAACUAUCGGUUUUUCUGCUGGCUGAUUUGCAACUAAGGUGGCCCUGGGAGAAAUAUAAGGUGAUUGUAAUGCUGAGACAAAUGCUGAGGAUGGAGGAGAGAUGAGUGCAGGAGAGUUAUUUGGAGACAAUUUCAUGGAAAAUGCUGCAAAGUUCUGAGGUAUAGAAUCUGUAUUUGAAGCAAAAGUAUUAAUCAGAACCCCCUUACCUGGGUUGUUGCCAGAACUUGGUAUCUUGAUGGUGAGAGACUUGGUAUAAACAUAUAGAUUCUCUUUAGGAGGGUCUAUGGCCUGUUUUGCUUCCAUAGUAAUGCAAUGAAUGUAGACCUUCUAAUGGGUUUUGAACUUUUGAUUUUGUGGUUGAAUAAUGUAUAUCUUAAUAGCUCCGAGGGUGGCUGUCUCAGCAAGGUGAAAAGAAAGGGAGUUCCCAUAACAUAUAUGUCUGUAGUGCCCACAACUAUUUUGAGCUGACACUCUGACAGGAAUCAGGAACACUGGACCUCUCAGCUGGAUUCUUGGAUUCUUGUGACAAAGGUGGAAUCGCCCACCCCAGGCGCCCUCACACUCUGGUUUGACAGGAUUGCAAGAGUGGUAAAUCAUGGUGACUCGAGCCCCCUUAUUUGAGAGGUUGCUCUCAUACUAUCAUUGAUGAGACUCGAUUCUUGAUCUCUUAUGAUAAAUUUUACCUCUGUGACUAAUUGAGCUGCCCAUGCGAAGGUUCAGCUGGAUUGUUGAAGUAGAAGGUUCAGCUGGAUUGUUGAAGUAAUUUGUAUUGCAGAGUAAUUAAAGUAUGGUGGUGACCCAGCAGCACUUAUCAACAGAAGGUGAGUGUGAAGGAACAGGAAAAAUAUCUACGCGUGAAAGUAUGUAUCAUCAUCUUCUUCUUCAACUGUGGGUCUCCUUCAUUCAGAAACACACCUCCACUUUUCACUGUUGGGAAUGGAAGCUGCAUUGCAGGUUUACAGUUCAACCUUGAAUACAAAAUUUCUUUGGUUGAUCCAUCAUUGUUAUGAUAGUGAAACAUCCCAGGAAGAGAAACUAAGUAAAAGAAACUGUCAAUCAAAGUCUUGCAAUUUGCCUGGAUGAUUGAAGAAAGAAAAGAGAGCCACCAUUUGGCUUUUAUUUUUCUCAUGCCUCAAAAACCAAAUUAGUCUUUUGUUUUUUUGUUUUUUGAAAACAAAUUAGUCUUUUGUUAUUAGUUUAUCUUUUCUGA